GAACCAGAAACAACCACAGUUUUAAAAACAGACUUAUUCGUGAAAGAAGGAUCACUCUCCUCAGACGUUGUCAAUAGAACGGAUUUAUUCCAACCAUGUGCGGCAUCCUAGCCAUUUUCCACUCUUCCAUUGAAAGGCACCGGCUGCGUAGGAAGGCCCUGGAGUUAUCAAAAAAGCUGAGGCACCGGGGCCCCGACUGGAACGGAAUCGUGGUCGAAGAAAAUGAGGACGGAACGACCAACGUGCUGGCACACGAACGCCUGGCUAUUGUGGACGUCCUCUCUGGUCACCAGCCCCUUUACGACGACGCCAAGGAAGUAUGUCUCACGGUAAAUGGAGAGAUCUACAACCACAUGGAGCUACGAAAGCUCCUUCCUGAAGAUGUAGUGAAAAGUUUAACUAGCCAAUCUGACUGUGCAGUCAUUCCGAAUAUGUACAAAAAGUAUGGUCAUAAAAUGCCUUCCAUGUUGAAUGGAAUUUUUUCUGGCGUUAUAAGUGACCAAAAGAAUGACACUUUUUUUGCGUUUAGAGAUCCUAUAGGCGUUUGUCCUCUCUAUAUAGGAUACGCAUCAGAUGGGUCUAUUUGGUUCGCGUCUGAGUUUAAGGCAUUGAAGGAUAGUUGCGUUAGAUACGUGAACUUCCCACCUGGGCAUUACUACGUUAAUUGCAAAAAUAAAGGAGAGUUCGUUCGCUACUUUAAUCCCAACUGGUGGGAUUUAAGUGCCCCCAUUCCAAAUAAUAAGGCCGACUUGGAACAGAUUCGAGUGCACCUGGAGAAGGCCGUGGUGAAGAGGCUCAUGGGGGACGUGCCCUUCGGAGUGUUGCUCUCCGGGGGGUUGGACUCCUCCAUCGUGGCUGCGAUAAUUUCAAGGCAUCUGAAGAAAAUCCACGGGGUAGGCGCAUCUGACCUUAGCAAUAAUGACAACCAUGAGAAGGACUCCACCGCCGAUUCCUGCCGAUUGAAAAGCUUUUCCAUCGGGCUGCGUAACUCACCCGACCUGAAGGCCGCAAGAGAGGUGGCCAAUUUUCUGGGGAGUCACCACACGGAGUUCCACUUCACCGUGGAGGAGGGAGUGGACUCUCUGCACGACGUGAUCUACCACAUAGAGACGUAUGACAUUACGACGAUCCGUGCAUCUACCCCGAUGUAUAUUCUUUCAAGAUUGAUUAAAAGCAGUUGCGUGAAAAUGGUUCUAAGUGGAGAAGGAGCAGACGAAAUAUUUGGAGGGUACCUCUAUUUCCACAAGGCUCCGAACAGAGAGGAGUUCCACCGAGAGUUACAAAGGAAGGUGCAUGACUUGCACAUGUACGACUGUUUGAGGGCAAACAAGUCUACCAUGGCAUUCGGAAUUGAAGCACGUGUUCCCUUCCUCGAUCUCAAUCUCUUAGAUCUAGUGAUGAAUAUUGAUCCCAAAGAAAAAAUGUGUUCAGAGGGACAUAUAGAGAAGGACAUAUUAAGACGCGCUUUCGCCGGUUAUCUACCUGACCAUAUUUUGUACAGACAAAAGGAACAGUUUUCCGAUGGGGUUGGUUACAACUGGAUAGAUGGUUUGAAGGAAUACGCAGAGAGUAAAAUUUCAGACAUACAGUUUUCACGUGCACCCUUUUUAUUUCCAUAUAACACACCGAAGACGAAGGAAGCAUACCUGUACAGGUGCAUUUUCUCUGAGUGCUUUCCCGAACAGUGUGCUCAGGAGUCCGUCCCGGAAGGAUCCUCCAUAGCCUGCUCGUCAAGCAAGGCGGUCGAAUGGGAUGCGUCGUUUAAGCAGAACUCAGAUCAGUCCGGCAGGUCCGUGCUGGGCGUACACCACAGCGCGAAGCAAUUCUCCGACGUGAAGCCUGUUCAGCUACCCGACGAUGAGAGCAGGGCGCUUCUUACAAACGCAAGCUAA